AUGGCUUCGUUUCUUGUGUUGGGUGGACGUGUAUUAUUUCUUUUUUUAAUAAUCACUCAAAGUUUGCUGCUUGCUGCUUAUCCAGCAACAUAUAAAGACGACUCUAAUUGGUAUGCUGUUGCUACUUCACAAGCUCCCUCAGUUAUCAUCUGGCUCAGCCUCGUGCUGUUCAGUGGGGCAAAACUUCAACGAUUGUUUUAUGUCUGGGGUUUCUACAUCAUCGGCCUAGUUAUAAGCAUUGCCAUCGUGUUUGGCUUCGUUGGAGACGCACUUGACAAAAAGCGGUUCCUUGGACCAAAUGUUUUGAAGACUGUACUCUGCAUCACUCCUCUUCUUCUCCUGUUGUUGUUAAACACUGCCAAAGAUGGCAGCAAUUACAAAGAAGUGCUGUCCAAGUUGUGUUUUUACGUGACGGUUGACCUCUUCGAUAGCGUUGAGAUGCUAGACGUCAUUCUGGACGAAAAGGAGCACAACUAUGGCAUUCCGAAAGAAUUUGGAGAGGGAAUGAUCGCCUUGGCUUGCCUCAGUUUGCUACUCUCUCCCUGGCAAAUGGCGGAAAAUAAUCUGAAGGAAGAAAAACCCAGGAAGCGUACGGCAAUACUGCGAAACAUUUUUGAAAUAGUUAUUGACCUUGUAUUCUUAAUUGUCCGCCUGGUGAUUGUAUUCGAAUACAAGAAGGACGAGUCUAUCUUUAUCGCCAAGAAUGGUAUCGGAAUAAUUCUCUCCAUAUUCGAGAUCCGCGACCUCCUGAGCUGACAGUAUAAAACUUUAAUACGUUUUCUUAAAGGGUUACAUAGUCUUUUAUUUUGUAAAAUACAUAUAUAUUAUAUAUCAGUUUUGUAGUUUUGUAUGAAGAAUGUGCGUUGCUUAUUCACCUGUAAGCUAAUUGUGCCGUGGUGGAUGCAUAUAUAAAUCAUUUCAAUAAAUGCUGCCAAUGUCAUUGUAAAUAGUACGCUUUAAAGAGUCGUCAGUUGAUAGAGACAUACUGGGGAAUCACCUGGUCUCUUUCUUAGAAACUAGCAUUCCACUCCAUGCGUAUUUUCAGUCUUAGAAAUAUAAGUUUCAUAUGUGUAAAGUAUUCUAAAAUCCGCACAUUAUCAAACCUAUUUUGCAGAAACAUGUUGAUUAUAAAAGUAAAAGAUUAAAGAUUGAAAACAAUGUUUGAAACAGAGUAAAAUUACGUGUAUUUAGGUUUUUUUUUUGAAAACGACCACAAAUAAGCGAACAUUUUUAAUUCUCUUUCAGCAACCAUGCACCGGGUAAUUCAGUGUUCACUUUAGGGGGUCUUAGACAGCUAGAAAAGGAGAAUCUACUCUAAGAUCCUGGAUUCCAAACUAUUUACAAAAACCUAUAGUUUAUUGUGCCUGUAAACUCAUAGUUUUACUUAAAGUUAUUUUAUAAAAGCAAUAGACCACACUUUCUAUGGGUUUACCGGCGUGAUAACCCACUUGGGAGUGAUAACCCACUCGAAAACCUUCUGCUCGUGAUUUACAAGCUUUUCUCGUGUUCUCCCAACAUCCCGCGUAGGUUAUCACACCGGUAAUCCCAGAGAAAGUGUGGUCUUUUGCUUAAAUAAACAAUUCUACCAGCAAAGGCACAGAAAUAAUGAUUAUUCUAAGACAAGGACGAUUCUGAGUGAUCCUCGUAUCACCGAGCUUGCAGAUCGACACAGACACCUCCCUAAAAUGGUCCCACAGCUGCUAGCCUUGAUUAAUUUGCCUCUCUGUGAGGCGGCUUUCUCUGAUAAACAGGCACUCAGUGUCAAUCCUCUAACGGCGUUAGUUUCAUGUGCAACAGAAUUUACCAGCACGUGAUAAGUUUUUGGUUGCUUAGUGACCGUACAGAGCAGAGUCCAAUUUUUAAGUCGUGAACGGAAACUCAUGCUGCUGCUAGUUGGGAAAGAUCCAGAGAAGCCAACAUAUUAGCGCACUACAAAUAUUGAUACCUUUUUGCGAAAGCCCUAGACCAGCCUACAUUGUAGCUCCUCAGGAGCUGUGCUUGAGUUUUUGCUCGGCUUUGGACGAUCAGGCGUCAAAGCGGACACGCAAAUUAUAUAAUUUGUCGAGGUCGUCUCAAAAUCAAGGCAUGGCUUCUUGUCUAGUACGCUUUGGAAGAUUUGCUUUUUUCGUUCUUCUUGGCCUUCAAGCCUAUUCGCUUGCUUCGUAUCCAGCGAAGUACAAAGAGAACGACGGUUACUAUGGGUUGACAGCCCUAUUUCUUCCAGCAUUCGUCCUGCGGCUUUACAUUAUGAUCUCGAAUAAACACCUUCAAUGGUUAUUUGUUGUUUGGCUGCUGUAUGUCAUUGGAUUGGUGAUCUUCAUAGGAUUCAUUUUUGGGGGAGCUGCGCCAGUUGAAGACAGAUUUAAGAGGACUACCAAAAGCUCAGGCGACGUAAACAACUUAACCAACUGUAACGAGUCAACAAACGUAACCAACGCAACCAACUCGACUACAUCUCUAAGUCACUCAACAAAUUUAACCUUCUCGACGGAACAAAAACAAAUGGAGUUUUUUGGUCCAAAUGUCCUAAAGAUGACCCUUUGUCUCACUCCGAUUCUUUUGCUACUUCUUCUAAGCACAGGGGUGGACUCAAUUCGCUACAGAGAACUGAUGUGGAUGUUGUCUCUACGCAUUGCACUCGACCUGUUCGAUGGCGUCGAAAUGCUGGAGGUUAUUCUGGAAGAAAAUGAGCUCAGUCACGACGUUCUAAGGUCAUAUGAAAAUGCUAUAAUUGCUUUUGUCUGCUUGACCUUUCUGUUUUCGCCGAUGCAGCUUAUAGAAGUCGAACUUGGGGAUAUGCGUCUCGGAGGUUGGGAACUUGACAAGUGCACAACGACCUUACGAAUAGCUCUUCAGAUUCUCUGCGUCAACGGUGUUCUUCUGGGGCUUCGGCUUGGACUCUUCUUUGGGUAUGGCAAGGAUGCGUCUAUUUUCAUUUCUAAAAAUUGUAUCGUUAUUACUUUGAGUCUUUUUGAGAUAUGUUCUCUCUACGAACGCUGUGGCUGUAAAGAUGAAUCGCCAUUCUGGUAG